CCAACAUUCUUCAACCAAGUUUGGCAUUCUGUUCGUCAACGUCUCCAGCAUCAUAACUAUGGACUUCUAUCUCCGUUGCAACUCUCUGAAAUGUCGAGCUCAAUUGAAAGAAAAAGCGGUCGUGACCACCUGUUCACAUAUCUUCUGUCUUCACUGCGCAGGGAACCUUGGCCUAUCGCACCCCACAGCAAAUGAGCGGACCUGUCCAGCCUGCCAGACUGUUCUCGUGAACCCCGACGACGCGGUAGCGACUGUCCUCAACCCAACCGAAGACUACAAGACCAGCGUACUUAGCGGCCUGGAUCCGAAUACCGUCAUGGAGUGUGCGGGACGGGCCUUGCUCUUCUGGACGUAUCAGACUACUCAGGAGAUUUUCUACCAAGAAUUUGUCGCGAAGACGUUGACCGACAAAUACACCAACCUGAACACACAGUUAGACAAGGUUAUACACAACGCCAACUCCGAGAUAUCGGCCCUACAGGCACGAGUAUCAGAUAUGCAGACAACGCAGGAACAACUUCGCAAGAAGAACCAGGAACUCGUCGAUAUGUAUCGUGAAAAAUGCAAGAAGGUCACACAAAUGACCAAUCUAUAUAACCUGCUCAAAUCUCGGGCGAUGAGAUCUCAGAUGCAGACCGCAGCAACAGAUACCGUGUCGCAAGCGCUGAACUCCCUCACAGCUUCGCGAAACGAUGUAUCAGAAUUCGCUUCUAGACCCCCAGAAGCAUCGGGACCGCCUCAAACUCCUCUACCUAGGCAGUCUAACGUAUAUCCCGUCAACCAGGAAGGCGUAGAGCAACUGCAUCGCCAUCAACGUAGCGGCACUGGUAGUUCAAAAGGGGCAAAACAGAAAGCCGACAACUCUGCAAUGCCACCACCCAGCCGCCCCAUGGAGACUUCGAGAAAACAUGACCACCCAGCUGCAACGCCGCAACAUCGGACGCGUCUCAUGGGCCCAUCACGUCCCUCGACUGCAAAGUCACAACUUCCACACGACAGUAUAAUGCUGGAGCGCUUUCAAGCUGAAUCGGGGCCAAUCGAUGCUCUUCUAGCCGCACAAGCCUCGCUGGGUGGAAGGGACAUCAGCAUGCAACCUCGUGGUCAGACGCGUGACCCUACAGAGCCCCCUGGGAUGAGAUCCUUUUUCAACAGUACGAUAAUAUAGUCCCC